AAGAAUAAAGUGUGAAAAAAAAAAUUAUAUAUACCCUAUUUGCCUUUUACAAAGGAUAUUAUCUCUUCUACUUGCGAUCCUGACCGAGAAUCUCAUAGACGAAGAAGUGAGAUAUUUGACGGAAAAAUGGGUAACGGAAUGUGGAAGCAAGAAGCCAGAGACACGACCGAGGAACCACCGCUGAUUAAUGAGAAGCUGGAAGAUGAGAGACCUCAAGAAUCUACCUACAUCAAGCCACAUGUUUGGAAUCUUCGGAGAGAAGAUGAUGAUUAUUACAAUAAACAAAGGGCUGAUGAUUAUUACAAACAACAAAGGGCUGACUUUGAGUUAUAUGGACCUAAUCCAAGAAUAGACCUCUUCGGUAGAGUUGGACUUCAUUGCUACAAUCUGCAAAAGGGGACAAACUUAAAAUCUUUGAAGGUACUCAAUUGUGACUCAUGGAUAACCUCAUUAGUUACUCAUUACAUAAUUUUGGAGGCAAUGGAUCCAAUAGGCAAUUCCAGUUGUGAGUUCGAAACGCAAGUUAGGUAUGCAGUUGAGAAUAUAGAUUGCUUGAGCGCAAUUACAACGCGAUGCAAAUUAAAGCCUAAAACUCCAGAGGAGGAAGACAAAUAUUAUGAAUGGAACAAAGAUCUCGUGGAUAAUUUCUUCAGAGGUGAUAUGCCUGAGUGGAUGCGGGAAGACGCACUAACGGGAAGGGAUAAGCUGCAAUACUACGAGAUGAAAGAUUCAGAGUUAGAAGAGAAUGAAUGGCUUCAUCUAUACGCGGAACUCGCAUUGUUCUCCAAAUGGCAAACUAAAUUGAAUGAGAUGGAGUCAGCAAAGCCAUUUGAGAUGAAGAAGGUAGUUGUAAGAACUAAAGAAAAUGUGGAGUCAUGGAAGAAGGUGAAGGCAGAGAAUGCAAUCUUUUACAUUAGCUUCAAAACCCGAUGCGGUCUAGACUUCAAUUGUAUCAUAAGGAAAACAACAGAUGGGAAGCCAGACCAUUUUUCCCUUGAAGUCAAGUGUUUGAUGUGAGAGUCAGAGUCCCCCAAAGUUAUAUUAUAAAUAAUCCUCAAAUUUAUCAUGAAAAUGAAUGAGAAGUAUUUUAGAAAAACCAUAUAUGGUUACAUGAUUCAUCACGUAAAAUAAUUUGAAAAGAAAAAUAACC